AUGGCCAAAAACAAAAAGCGAUCGAAGACCAGUUCUUCAAAUGGUAAAGAUCUUCUACAUGAUUAUAGCCCUAUUCCUGAACGUGACAACGCUAUAAUAGCUCUAGAUGAGCCUUUGGCUUCCCUUCCUAAUGUUGUUCCUCAGGCCAACACCCCGGAUCUGCACACCCUCACUGGUGGUGAUGGAUUUGAUGCUGGUACUUUGAAAGAUGGAGUUUUGGUGGGUGGAUCCUCCCCUGUCAUCUCUCCUCUUCCUAGUCCUGGUCAGUCUACAGAACCUGCUAAUGGACAAUUGAGAGACAUUUUCUCAUCAAACCGAAGCACUUCUGGGUGGUUGAUUUACAAAUUUAACAAUGAAGAAGACAAGCUCUCCGUCCUCAGUGGUGGUUCUUACCUGGUUUACGGGAGACCUUUGGUUUUGAAAUCCACGCCGGAAUAUUUUGAUUUUGCCUCCAGUGAAAUGACUACAGUGUCGGUUUGGGUUAAAUUUCCAAAUCUUCCCCUCAGAUGUUGGUCCGCCACAUGCUUAUCUAAAAUAGCUAGUGUAAUUGGUAAGCCUCUUCAGAGUGAUAUGCUGACUUCUAUCAGAUCUAGACUUUCUUAUGCUAGAGUUUUAAUUGAGCUGGAUUUGAUGGUUGAUCUUCCUCCUUCAAUUAAUAUUACUCUACCCAACAUAGUAGAUUUGGUGCAAAAGGUUGUAUAUGAAACCCUUCCAAAAUUCUGUAAACACUGUCGAGUCCUUAGGCACACAACUUCAGCUUGCUCCAAGGCACCUGCUAAUGUUGAAAAAUACAAGAUGGAUCAUGUGGGCAAUGCUACCCGUGGAAAAGAAGCCUCUGUUAUGGAAACUCCUCUGGAGCCUACACGAGAGGGAAAGAUGGUUGAGGAGCAUACUCUUAAUCCAAUGCUAGCUGAAGUUUCUGUUGAUGGGUGGGAAACUAUCAAAAGCAGGAAAAAUAACAACAAAAAGCAAAGGCCUCAAGCUAGAGGGCCGGUUAUAGGGAGCAACAGGGUUGAGAACCAGCUAGCCUCCUAUAAGGGCAAGGAAUUAGGGCUUAAUAGCCCUCUGAAACAGCAUGAGGUUGCCAGCCUCAUGAAGAGAAAUAAAAUAGAUGUCUGUGGUCUUUUAGAGAUGAAGUUGUCUUCUUCCAAGGUUGCCUUUAUGCAGAAAUUUCUGCUAAAGAAUUGGAAGUUUGUAAGUAAUGCUGAGAUUGCCAAUACUGCGAGAAUUGUUUUAUUGUGGAAUCCUUCCACUAUUAGUAUUGAGGUUAUUAAUUUAUCUGCCCAAGCUAGGAGAGCUCUCUGGGAAGAUCUAAAGAGGUGGUGUCCUUCCUCACCAUGGAUUGUUCUUGGUGACUUUAACUCUAUUUUAUCCCAGGAUGACAAACAUGACAAACAUAAUGGUGAACCUGUCUCUAGCUAUGAAGUCCCUGAUUUUAGGGAGUGCUGUGCUGACCUUGGGCUUGCUGAUUUGAAUGCUACUGGUUGUCACUUCACCUGGUCCAAUGGCAGUGUGUGGAGCAAGAUUGAUAGAGUUAUGGUGAAUCCCUUAUGGUUCAGCUCACAGAUGCAGACUCAUGUUCAUUUCUGCACUCUUGGGGCUUUCUCAGAUCAUUCUCCAACUUCAAUCAAGAUAGGGUUGAGACCUCUGCCAGGCAAGCGGAACCUUAAAUUCUUCAACAUGGUGGCUAGAGCUGAAGCAGAUUUGGAUCGCCAUCAAACUCUCUUACAGAUGGAUAGAGAUAACAACCAACUCUUGACACAAGAUAAGCUGCUCAGAUUGACUCUCAUUAAUCUUAAGUCUACAGAGAAGAUGUUCUUCAGUCAGAAACUCAAAAAUACUUUCUUUAAGGAAAGUGAUAAGGGCACCCAUUUCUUCCAUUCUUUAAUGAAUCAUACUCACAAGAGAAACUACAUUUCAACUAUUCAACGUCCUGAUGGUAUGCUCACUACAUCGAUAUCAGAAGUUGGAGAAGAAUUUAUCAGAUACUAUCGGAGCGAGCUUCUUGGAACCUCAAAACAUACUACUUCCAUUGAUGUAAAGGUGGCUCUCAGUGGUCCCUGUAUUAAUGCAGGAUCCCAUUCUUUUCUUCUAGCUCCGGUGUCUAAUGAUUCAAUUAAGGAAGCCCUUUUCAGUAUUGGUAAUGACAAGGCCCCUGGCCCUGAUGGUUACUCGUCCCUUUUUUUCAAAACAGCUUGGGACAUGGUUGGCAAUGAUUUAUGUGCUGCUAUACGUGAUUUUUUUGUUUCUGGCCGACUCUUGAAGCAAGUAAAUCACUCAGUAAUAGCUCUUAUGCCCAAGUCUGAUAAUGUCACCUUUGCUGCUGACUUCAGGCCAAUAUCCUGCUGCAAUGUUAUUUAUAAAGUUAUCUCUAAAAUCCUGGCAGUGUGCUCUCUUGCUUGGAUUUUUGUGGCUCUGGCUGAUGAUUUCCACGUCCCUGCAUGGAAGAGCUCAUGGUUUGCUGUUGGUUCUUUGCCUAUGGCUGAAUGGUGUUUACGUGAGCUAAGUCUCUACAUGGUAUCUGCAUGGUUUGAGUUGAUUCAGCGUGGUCCCUUCGUCCCUAUGUGCAUGAGCUGCUGUCUUCUACUCUCGGCUGGUGGAAGAUGGCUUGUGGUUCUCUUAGCUGGAAGUGAGCAAUUUUGGGUUCUCUUUAUAAUACUACGUGUGGCUGCUGUUGGCCUUAGGGCAGGAGGAAGAAUCUCACAGGCACUUAUUCUUUCUUUGUGCUUGGCCAUGUCAAUUGUGGACUAUGAUCAAAGCCUGGUUGCGGAUAACCAGGAAUAUGAAUUCCCUUUCUAG